CCGCAGAGCGUCUCAGGGGAGGGGCAGCGGAGAGUGUUUUCUGUUACCGUGUUGAUUAUUUUGUUCAUCCAACGUCUGAAUUAGAAACAGGAACCUGGGAGAGUCCUGAGGUGAGCGGCGUGCCGCCGCUGCCCAGGACGUUUCACAGCUCCUCGGCAGCCAUCGGAGACUGUCUGUACGUGUUCGGAGGGGGGCACAAAGGAACAGAACCGGUGAAAGACCAGCAGCUCCACGUGUUUGACACAGCCACCCUGACCUGGUGCCAGCCAGACACUCGCGGUGAGCCCCCGUCCCCUCGGCACGGACACGCCGUGGUCGCGGCUGGGACCCAGCUCUUCGUACACGGCGGCUUAGCCGGUGAUGUUUUUUACAGCGAUCUCUUCUGCAUCGACGUACGCGACAUGAGGUGGGUUAAGGUACCCGCCCCCGCCACAGGUGACGUGCCGGCAGGACGAGCGUCCCACGCGUCAGCUGUGUUCAGAGACCACUUGUACAUCUUUGGUGGGAUAGGCCCAGGCGGGACUCUGGACACCACGUACAAGUACGACAUAGCUCCUGGGCGUCCUCCCCUGGUGGUCGUCCCACCGGUGCAAGACCAGAUUCCCUGUAACACUGAAAACUGCCCCCGCCCCACUGCGCACUCUCAGCCCGCGAACGGCGGGGAGGGGGGCGCCGAGGAUGCAGUCGUGCACCUGCUCUUAGUAUUUGGGGGGAUGGACACACAGGGGGAGAUAUACAGGGACUGCGUGGUGAGUCUGCUCGAGUAG